AUGACCGAAGGGGUGCCACUGCGCCGGCGCUACGUCGACCUCUUUUACUUUGUGUACUUUGCCUUUCAUCUUUUCGCGAGUCUCUGUGUAGACAUCCAAGGCCUGCUCCCCCCCGCGGUCGUUCCCGAGGUGCUGCGAAACGUGCUGCAAGACUAUUUAGAGCAGAGUGCGGACCCCCUCAUCCCCAAUGUGUGGCACCCCCGCUAUGCGUGGUUCCGCGUGUCGCUUCUUAGCGAGUUUGUGAUCCAGGUGCCUGCCUUUGUCAUUGGCAUGGUGGCCCUUUGGAACGACGACAAGCGCGUGUACCCUUUGCUGGCCGUGUACGGCCUGCUGGGCUCUUUUACGACGCUGCAGUGCAUUGCGAUGGUGACGAUGGGCGAGGAGCGCGCGCUCCUCUCCUCCGCCAAUCUCGCGUUUAUCCUGCAAAACUAUAUCCCCUUUUUUGUGCUCCCGGGCGUGAUCAUGGUCGACAUGGUGGUGCGCAUUAUGCGCCUCUUGUCUCCUCGCCGUAUCAAGACCGAAUAA